ACUAGCCACUAAGCACCACCACUCCCCCAGCCACUGAGCAUUACCACUCCCUCCAACAUGUCUGAGCCAAGGACCACAAGGUCGUCCAAAACCACCUCGUCAGCCUCCAAGUCAACCUCAGCCUCCAAGUCAGCCUCAGCCUCCAAGACAACUUCCAAGUCCAAGUCCAAGUCGUCCAAGAGCGAUGAGUCCAAGGUGCACAAGCUGGCUCUGAAGGGCUCCUCCAAGAUCGUCAACGAGUUUUUCGAGUACUCCAUCAACACCAUUCUGUUCCAACGAGGCGUUUAUCCUGCAGAAGACUUCACAGCGGUCAAGAAGUAUGGACUGACUAUGAUGGUGACCGCCGACGACCAAGUCAAGGCGUACAUCAAGAAGAUCAUGUCGCAGCUCAAGGAGUGGAUGUACGGUGGCAAGAUCACGAAACUCGUCGUUGUCAUCACCAGCAAAGAGACCGGCGAGCACGUGGAGCGAUGGCAGUUCGAUGUCCAGAUCUUCGGUAAAAAUGCAAGAACCAAGUCAUCCAAGACUACGACAGACCAAGAGAACUCGGUUCCAGAAGGAGGCGAGGUUCCAGAAGAAAAGACAGAAGCUGAGAUUCAAGCUGAGAUCCAGUCCGUCUUUCGCCAGAUCACAGCCUCGGUCACAUUCUUGCCGAUGCUCGACGGUAACUGCACAUUCAAUGUGCUCGUGUACGCCGAUGCAGACUCAGACGUGCCUCUCGAGUGGGGCGACAGCGACGCCAAAGAAAUCAAGAAUGGCGAAAAGGUACAGUUGAGAAGCUUCAGCUCAAGCAAUCACCGAGUAGAUACGCUAGUGAGCUACAGGCUCGGCGAAUAACCUCAAUAUACACAAACCUAUACUUGCAAUCGCUGGCAAGCGCUGGCAUGCUAUCUUCGCGCGAGCCUGUUUCUACCCUGUUUCUACCCUGUCUCUCUCUUACCGCA